UGUGUGUAGUUAGCGGCGGCAACCAACACUCAGUGUCUGUUAUACUGUGCUCUGGUGGUCAUCACACUUCAGGUGUAACAUCAGCAACAAACAUGCCCAACUGCCCCAAGUGUAACAAGCCCGUCUACUUCGCCGAGCGCAAGACGUCGCUAGGCAAGGACUGGCACGGCGCGUGUCUGAGGUGUGAGAAGUGUAACAAGACCCUGACACCCGGCGGACACGCUGAACAUGAGGGCAAACCUUACUGUCACCAGCCCUGCUACGCGGCCCUCUACGGCCCUGGAGGCUUUGGCAGAGGAGGGGCUGAGAGCUAUGUAUACAAAUAGGCAUAAAGAUAAUUAUUGUAUCUUAUCAUAUCAUUUCUUAUUUAAUUCCAUUUUCUACAUUCCAUUCAUGACAAAUAAUUAAAUAUAAAUUAUAAUUAAUUAUUUCAUA